AUGGCAACUACCAGACCAGCAAACUUGUCCUUGGUCAUGCCUCGCAUGCUUUUAAUGUGGCGCUUGAUACGGGUCUCCCACAGCCCCUCAAUAGUAUUAGUAUGUGUUCCCGCUACCAGGUCUACAAAGUUGAGGCUACCAAUGUUCUCGAGAGUAUGUUGCUUGCUGCCACGUUCACAAACGUACGUAGCGAACAUGUCGGACAUAAUCUUAUGUCUACUUUGCUCGUUUGUCGUAUACGAUCCGUCCAAACCAUCCUCCAUGGCGGCCUCUAUUGUAUUUACGCUUCUUGGCCAGGCUAGUCUUGUCAAUCUCCACUAUGUGACCGUCACCUCCAAUCUACACGCACGAUACCAGCAAGGUUAG